GGUCGAUAGUUGCGCAGUGCUCAGCAAACCCUCUGACAGUGCGGUGCGGUGCGGGUACCACUCGCCCGACGCCGGUGAGUGUUCCGCGCUUUGUCGAUACCCAGUUACUCACCCCUGUGUUAUCCCUUUAUUGGAAUUGAACAUACUGUGGACCAAAAAUGAGUUAUUUAGAAAAAAUGGACCGAUAUUUGGACUCAUUAAAAAUCGGCAAAAGUGCGUUGGUGGACUCCUGGUUCAUGAUGUCGAGCCCGACGCCGAUCGUCACGGUGGUGGUGCUGUACCUGCUCUUCAUCAGGAUCGGGCCGCGGGUGAUGAAGAACCGGCCCCCCCUGCGCAUCACCAAGCUCAUCAGCUACUAUAACGCGUCGCAGGUCGUGCUGGCGGUCAUGAUUUGUAGUAAGGUAUUUAAGUUGAAUCUGUUCAGAGAUGGAAUACUAUAUGCAGGGUGUCGAUAUCCGUCCAACACACAAAAUCCAAUGUUACUAGACUUAGGGUGGUGGUAUUUCUUUGCGAAAUUCACGGAGCUGCUCGAUACAGUCUUCUUUGUACUCAGGAAGAAAGACAAACAGCUUACGUUCCUCCACGUAUACCACCAUGUGAUCAUGGCGCUAUACUCGUGGAGCUACCUGAAGUUCGCCGCAGGUGGUGAGGGCGCCAUACUCGCCCUGCUCAACUCCAUCGUCCACGUGGUCAUGUACACCUACUACCUGCUGUCAGGCCUGGGGCCAAGGUUCCAGAAGUAUUUGUGGUGGAAGAAAUACGUUACUAAAAUGCAACUGAUACAGUUCGCAUUGAUGCUGUCAUACUGCGCGUGGACGCAUAACUCACCGAGAUGCCAGUACGCAGCUGGCUUCACCUACUUCAUAUCCAUUAACGUCACCAUAUUCCUUUUGUUGUUCCUAAACUUCUAUUCCAAGAACUACAAGAUUAGAAAGGAGGCGAUGAAACAGAACGGCAAAGCGCAGAACGGUUUCUCGAACUCAUCUCCAAAUAAUCAUAAAAUGAAUGGAGUGAGUGAGAAAUGUGAGAAGAAAGAAAAUGGAGUGUGUCAUGAGACAAAUGGGACGACCAUUAUAGAUGAUGAUACACCGCUCGAAGUUAACAAAGCUUGUGGUGAUUAUAUCAAAGAAGGCAAAGUCUUUUUAAGUAGGCGCACUGCUAAAUCUGCUCAUGGACCAGAUUACGAUUAUGAUAGCAUAAUAAAGAAAUGAUUCUCCUAAAAUUGCAAUAACUAGAUUGUUCUUUUGAGACUGAUGUUUGUGAUGAAGAUGAAGGAUAUUCUAUAGUAGCCUAAAUUAGAAAUUUAAAGUGAAUUUAUUUCUAAGUGCGCCAAGGUGAGAUUUUGAACGCGGUCAGGCAAAUUAAAGUUGCCCAUUUAAUUGUUUUGAAAAUGUUGAACAUAUUAUGAAGAUACCAGAGAGUAUUCAAUGAGAUCGUCUAAUAUAGUUCUCAUAUUUGAAAGAAAGCCUUUGCCAUACCAAGAAAUUUUUGAGUUUAAAUCGCUUUGGACAAUUAAGAAAUUGGUUCCUUUGUAGUCUGGUGUUAAUGCUGAAACUGUUUAAACCCUCAAUAGCUCAGCAGUUAGAGGGUUAGACUGAAAACUGUAAUCAUUGGUUCGAUCCCCGCCCGUUAUUAUAUUGUCAUAGCUACUCCUAGCCAUAGACUUCUUGAUUAGUUCAAUGGUUAAGAAAAAAUGAUUAUAUUAUUUUAAGGUCAUGGCAAUAUUCCCAAAUACAAUUUUUUUUCUUUACAUGGAUUUCUGUUUUCAAAAUCUCACUCUGUAUAUUAAGAUUAGGGCUGCAAUUAUUAGGCGCUUGGGUAUUUUUAAAAUUACUAUAACGACGUGUGUUAGGAGACUAGAAGUCUACUGUUUUGUAAAUAAGACACUUAAGAUAAUCAUAAUAAUUAGGAUGCAAACAUACUUACGACACUCACUAGUUUUGACGACAUACAGCGGAGAAAAAUUGGAGAAUAGACAUAGAAUCCUAUUAUAAACAUCGGAGUUGUCAACCCAACGAUCCCUGUAUGGUGUUGCAAGUAUGUUAUUAUCUUUUUUAAAUAAGUUCGAUUCAUUUGCGACCAUGCAAAAGCAGGGUAAUAAUUUAAUUGGCAUAGAUAUUAAUUAAAUUGUAGUCGCAAAAAACAGUUAUUGUUAAUCAAGGGCACGGUCUGACUAAGCGAUUUGCUAACUUAGUGAGACCGCGCCCUAUGUCAUACAAUAAGGAUGGGUCCACACGGACGGAUAAACUAAUUUUAUUUUUUUUAAAAGUUUAUUGAAUGAAUGAAAUUAACAAUCGUUACUCAGUCACGGCAGAACUACCGGAUGUAAAUGAACUGUCUAGAAGACUACAUAUGCUACUUUUUUUUACCAAUAUCCCCACGGGAAUUGUUACGGGGUACAUAUUAUAAAUUAACUUUUUGUUGCUUAAGGAUACAAUAAAAUACAUAAUAUUCGUACGAGUAUUUUUUGUCCGUCCGUUUGGAUUCAGUCUUAAGACUACUAAAUUAAAGCUUUAAAGGUUCAAAAUAAUUAAACUUAAGUGAUGCAUUUUUAAAAUAAUUGUUAGAAAAAAAAUUCAAUGCUGAAUAAAAAUAUGAAAAUGUCAAAUUCGAAACGUACUAGCACGUGCAAAGCAAUAAGUAGUUGGUUUUGGUGUGAUAUCAUAAGUUUUAUUGUGUAUUUGUCGAAGGUUUUACAGAAUUAUUUUCACUUACACACGACGAUAUUUUUCAUGCAUGCUCAUAAUUUUAUAGAAAUUAAUUUCAUUGACAACUCAACACAUUCAAAUACUGGUUGUAUACAGCUAGAUGACAAUAUGACGUCACAUUCUAAAGUAGCAGAAAUAAUUCCUACAUAAUAUUAUAUAUUUUUUAGAUCAUGAGUAGAUUUCGCAUAUUCGAUUCAAUAACUAUAAAUAAUUUAAAUGACAAAUAACAAAUGAGGUGUCAUUGAGUCCGUCAGAACUGUGGUAGUGACAUAGGCUAUAUAAAUUUUCAAAAUGGCGCCCGUAAAUGAAAAAUUAGUGGGCGGUGUGUAGGUUUUUUAAUCUUAUUGUUACAAUAUCAUAUGAAAUAUGUAUCAUAUGAAAGGUCUUAAAAAGGACAUUUCAAAAAAAUAUAUAUAUUAUAUUAUGUACAUAUUACUGUUUUAACACAAAUUGUCAAAAAAGCUUAGCAAUUAUAUUGGGACCAUUGAAGUAAAAUGUACUAACUAGAAUGUAUGUACACAUUCCUUUCAUUUUAAAUACUUAUUUAUAUUUAAAAUGAAAGGAAUGUGUUGAAGAAACUAAAAAGAUCGAAAAAAAAUUAUAUAAAAACGUUGAGGUAUAUUGAAUUGUAUAGCUUCAAUACCGUGAAAAAAAAUAUUAUUAUAAAAACAAAAAACCCGACUGCCUAAGCGUUAUGAACUGAAAAGAGAAAAACAAGUAUCACAAUAUAGAUAUACCAACUCGUAAAGUUCUGACUAAAUUCUUUGUGUUGCCGCAUGCGAUGAUAAACAUUGGUAUUUCAAUCUUUGCCAGCUCAGACCAAUUAUUGUAUAGGACCUGCCUCGCUAGACGUUACUUUUCUGUCAAAGUAUAUGAUCAACGAUCUAAUGCGAUUAGGUAUAAAAACUGUUUCUAUAGAAUCGAUGUUAAAUAGUUGUAAUCGGGUUCGUCGGUUAAAGAGCUCCGUAAAAAUACCUUUUUGUGUAAUUGAAUUGUGUAAAAAACGGACAAAAACUUCUAGUUUAGUAUAAAACUUAACCAAAUCUAAGCUCGUUUUCCUCAGAAAAUGACAGACGAUUUUAUUCGUGACAAUGAGUGCGAUACAGGUCCUUCUAUAAUUGGUCGUCUGAGUUUGCCAGUAAGAAAGUCUUAUUUGUCCCAGCCUGCAGCAACACAAAGAAUUUAGUCAGAACUUUACGAGUUGGUAUAUCUAUAUUGUGAUACUUGUUUUUCUCUUUUCAGUUCAUAACGCUUAGGCAGUCGGGUUUUUUGUUUUUAUAAUAAUAUUUUUUUCACGAUUGAAGCUAUACAAUUCAAUAUACAUGAGGUAUAUUGUGGUUACGUGGUCAUGUUGAUGUGUCAUCAUAUAAUUAAAAAAAGAAAACAUGCAGGUGCAUUAAUUUGAUAAAGCAUGUAAAAAUAUCGAAGUGUGUAAUCGAGGACCUUAAUUGGGUACAGCCAAAAUAUUUGGAUAAACUUCAUAAAAUAUUUUGGCGUACCGCUAUUCAAAUGAUUGUUAGUAAGACAUUUUUUUUAUAAUAAUAAUUGUUUUUUUUUUAUUUUCGUGUAACGUUAACGUGUUGAUAAAAUAGAGAUAUAUAUUUAUAAUAUUUAAGCUUUAGGCUCCGACCAGAAGGGCAGACGACUGUAGCACCAGUCUAUUAGUUCGCGAAUCUGCAAUCAUAAUAUGUAUACGGCCUUAUUUAUACAAGUUGAUUGGCGUGUAAAUAUUUACACAACUGUUUUUCACGGAUGUACCAACUAAAUAAUUGUUUACUACUAAUAAUAAAGUCAGCUGUCAACUGUGUUCUUCUUCCAUACAUUUUAAUGUACACUCCAAACCUGCGCACUACUUUUGCAUAUGUGAGAUUUUUCGUAGAUAAUUCUCUACGUGUGUAAAGUCUGCCAAUCCGCAUUGGGCCGCAUUGGACCAGGCUAUUAGCCUAACCCCUCUUAGACUGAGAGGAGACUCGUGCUCAUCAGUGAGCCGAAUAUGGGUUGUUAAUUCAGACUAAUUACAUAAGGACUAGAAAAUAAACUUAAAUCAGGCAUAAAAUAUAUUUUCCUAAGCUAGAACUUGUUACCGUUUUUUAAGGAGCUCUUUAUCCGAUGAACACGAUUACAACUAUGAAACAUCGAUACUAUAGAGACAGAUUUUAUAAUCGCAUUAGAUCGUUGAUCAUAUGCUUUGACAGAAAAAAACUAAAUUGAAAUUGCUUCAUCCGUUCGGGAGUAUGGUGCCACAGACAGACUGACAGACAAACAUACCUACACACAGACAGAUAGACACGUCAAACUUAUAAUACCCCUCUUUUUGCAUCGGGGGUUAAAAAGUAACGUCUAGCGAGGCAAGUCCUUAUGUAAUUAGUCUAGGGUUGUUAAUGAUGACACACCAAACCGUUACCCAUAGAACUUACACGCCUGCGAUGGCAUUACGCUAAGUAUAACUCAGACUGCUGAGGGUCUUGAAAGCUGAUACCUCCCAAAGCUAUAGUCCAAAGUUGAUAGAAUUGCCUAUAGAAAGAAUUAUACAUACAAACUUAUGGAUGAAUUUGAGGAAGGUCCGGUUAUCACUGGCUCUAGCUCCGAUUGCAAAGUUUCUGCUCCUACAUUUUGUCUUCUGUACACUAUAAAAUGUUCAACUAAAAUGUUCCAUAGUAAUAAUCUUGUCCAUAAAAAAAAAUCGCUUGUUCUUAUGAAAUAUGGCAUAUCGUAGUGUAAAUGCUAAGUACUUCAAUAUCCAGUGAGAUGAUACGCUUUACAACAUUAGUUUAUCAAAAAAUAUAUAUGUAUAUAAUUUAAAAUUUUAAAAAUAUGUAAUAUAAUAUAAUAAUACAUAUUAUUAUAUUAUAAUACAUACAUUAUAUUAUUAUUACUGUAUAUAUAUCCUAAUUCGAAUCGCACAAUUAUCUUGUAAAGACAGUUUUAAUAAUAAUUAUUGUUAAUUAUUAUUAUUAACAAAUAAUAAUUUGGGAUAAUUUUUAAAAGGAGUUGUGUAACAUCAACAAUUUAUUGUUAAGAAAGAAAAUAAAUAAAUACGU